GAGGUCUGGAUUGUGGAGAUCUGCGCUUUGCUUGGUCCGUGUUUGGGAUUUUUUUGGCCGCUCUGUGGGAUCUCUGCUCAGGUCCUGGGAUUAGGAAGCAGGAUUGCACUUGUGGUGGAGCUGCUGAAUGAAGCUCUGGAGGAGAUACUACUACACAGGGAUCUGUAGGGCACUGCAGGUGCUGAAUCUCUAAGAAAGUGCAGCUACGCCUUGAGGAGCUGUCCAGCCACCCUCCUCCUGAGGCUGUCUCCGCAGGACACGGAUAUUGGGAGUGCUAGUCCUCGCCAUGGGCUGCUGUACAGGACGGUGUACACUGAUUUUCCUCUGCACUUUACAGAUGUUGGCAGCAUUGGAGAGGCAAAUAUUUGACUUUCUUGGAUACCAGUGGGCACCAAUCCUUGCAAAUUUUCUUCAUAUAAUAGUUGUUAUAUUGGGAUUAUUUGGCACUAUACAGUACAGACCGCGGUACAUAGUGGCGUACACAGUCUGGACAGCAUUUUGGGUGGCGUGGAAUGUAUUUGUCAUCUGCUUCUAUUUGGAAGUAGGAGGACUCUCUAAGGAGACGGAUCUUAUGACAUUUAACAUUUCCAUUCAUCGCUCAUGGUGGAGAGAACAUGGGCCAGGCUGUGUGAGACGGGUAGUGCCUGCUCCAGCCAGCAGGAACCUCGGAGAUCACUCGUUCAUCUCGGUGACAGGAUGCAUCAUUGAGUUCCAGUACCUGGAGGUCAUCCACAGCGCUUUUCAGAUACUGCUGUCUCUCAUCGGUUUUGUCUAUGCCUGUUAUGUGAUCAGUGUUUUCACAGAUGAAGAAGACAGCUGUCGGCAUAAGUGACAUGAAAAGGAAUCAAGUUUCUGCAAUAUUACCACCGAAGUACCAUGGACAAACUGUCACCGAUUUUUCAUUGUGAAUGGGAACAUUUUAUUCAGGAGGUUGACUUCUGAUAAUGCAACAAUACAAGCCCGUACUGUCUUUAUGGUUAUGAUUUCCAGUAUUCCUUCAGUUACCUGGACACUUGGAGACACUUGUACAUUUUUCUCUCUAUUCUUUGUAGCAUGAAACCAAUGGAUCUGUUGAAAAGUGGUGUUUUCAGUAUGGAUGGUGGGUAUAUAUUUUUGUUUUUACCUCCACAAACAUACAGGUAACGUGAUGAAUCAAGAGUGUACGCAACUGAAUAUAUAUAUUUUUUUUAAUUUGAUGUGAAGGAAGACAUAUACUUUCAGAAUGUAAAAUACAUACAAAUAAUACAAAAAACAUUCAAGUGUACUGUACAACUACACAGAAUACAAGUCCAGUUGUCUGUAUGCUGAGUAAAGUGGUGCAUUUUAUUUCUUACACUGGUUUACAUGUUUUUAAUACUCUAUAAUUCAUAUAAUAUCUGUGAUAAAUGCAUAGCUGUAAAUAAUAAAAUAAAUAGA